GUUAAAGCCAGCGAGCUCCUUGCCAGUCCUAGAGGGGUUCUGGGAGGUGUGUUUAGGCUUCCUAGGGUGGAAAUGCGGAAGUGUGGGUGUGCAUGUUUGGGUGUGGGGAUGUGCAAAAGAGAGAGAGAGAGGCAGGCGAGGCAGGACGUGAAAAGUCACAAUUUCACUUCCUGUGUGCCAUUUCUUCCUCUCCAGCUGGUUGGAGCCUCUUCUAGAGUGUGUGUGUGUGUGUGGUUUUGGGGCCAAUGCAACUACAGUCAUACCUUGGUUGGCGAAUGCCUUCGACUCGAACAUUUUGGCUCCCAAACACCAUAAACCCAAAAGUGAGUGUUCCGGUUUGGGAACAUUCUUUGGAACCCAAAUGUCUGACGUUCCUUCCGCGGCUUCCGAUUGAGUGCUGGAAGCUCCUGCAGCCAAUCAGAAGCUGUGCCUUGGUUUUUGAACAUUUUCGGAAGUUGAACGGAUUUGCGGAAUGGAUUCCAUUUGAGAACCAUGGGAGCCAGGACCACCUGUUCAGCCCCCUCUGCGAUCUUGCGCGAGAGGCUUGCGCCAGGGAUGAAAAUGGAGGAGCCAAGCCAAGCAGCCCCCAAACCGGUGGAGGGAGCAGAGAGUGUGAGGAAGCCCCACCAGAGGGGCUGCAUCCGGGAAUUCCUGCAAAAGAUGCCGUCCCAGCACCAAGUGAAAGAGGAAGGAGGGGAAGGGAUCCUUCAGCGCUGGGAGGUCCAGUGGCAGGAGUUCCUGAAGGAAGUGGAGUCCCCUCACGUGGGUUGGGGGGUCCCGCAGCCGCCAGAGGAGCCCACCCCGUGGGAUGACACCCAGGCCUUCUUCGCCUCCUUCGAGCAAGUGGCCGAAGCCUGCCGCUGGCCCCGGGAGGAGUGGGCAGCUCGGCUCUCGCCGGCCCUCAGCGGAGAAGCCGAGCGGGCCUUCCGCAGGCUGGAGGGCCGGGACAGAGAGGAUUAUGGGAAAGUGAAGGCGGCCAUCUUGCGCGGGGACGCCAUCAGCAGGGAGAAGAACCGCCAGUACUUCCGGCGCUUCUGCUACCGGGAAGCCGAGGGGCCGCGAGGGGCCUACAGCUGCCUCCAGGAGCUCUGCCGGCGGUGGCUGAAGGUGGAGAGGCACUCCAAGGAGCAGAUCCUGGAGCUGCUGAUCCUGGAGCAGUUCCUGACCAUCCUGCCUCCAGAGAUCCAGAGCUGGGUCAGGGAACGGGGGCCAGAGACCUGCUUCCAGGCAGUGGCCCUGGCUGAGGACUUCCUGCUCAGGCAGCAGGAGGCAGAGCAGCCAAAACCUCAGGUAAGCGUGCCGUUUGAGGAGGUGGUCCUGAGUUUCUGCAAGCCGGAACUGGUUCCUUCUGACCCCGUCCAGCGGCAGAUGCGCCGGGAGACCAAGCAGGAAGCUGACCACGGAGAGGCCCUCUUAACAGGAGCUAAAGGGUGGACGAACCUCAACGAAGCGGAGAGGUACAGCCCGGAAGAUCGCGAGCAUCUGCCACCACGUGGGAUGUCGGUUUGGAGAGCAGGAGAGGACGUUUCCUGUUUCCGCGAGCAGGGAAGUGCUCAAGGUGGGCACCAGGAAGCGGACUUCGGGCGAGAAGUCGGUGUGUCUGUCCCGUUUGGGGGCACAUUCCAGGAUCUGAAGGAGGAUGCACACCAGCGGAGGAGUCACACUGGUAAGAGACCAAGCAUCUGCACUGCGUAUAGGAAGAGGUUUGGCCAGAGCGCGAACCUCCUUAAGCACGAGAACAUCCACUCGGGAGAAAAGCCAUUCAAGUGCUCCGACUGCGGGAAGCGGUUUAGCCAGAAGUUCCACCUUCUCGGGCACCGCAAGAGAUGCGAGAGCGAGAGGCCUCACAAGUGCCCCACCUGCGGGAAAAGGUUCUCUCGCAGCUCCUACCUUAACACUCACCAGAGAAUCCACACGGGGGAACGACCCUACGAGUGCUCGCGGUGCGGGAAAAGCUUUAGCCAGAAAGCUAACCUUAACACACACCGCAGGAUUCAUACGGGGGAAAAGCCCCACGAGUGCCCGGUGUGCGGGAAAAGGUUCUCUCGCAACACUUGCCUUAAUAGACAUCAGAGAAUCCACACUGCACGCUAAGCUGUAAAGAUGGCAUGGACUGCAGGGGGGUUAUUUUUCCAUGGCAGCAGGGCGAGAUGCAGGAGAUCAGUACUGCCAAAUGACUGAUUGAGUGGAUUGCACACCCGAGCUAAACUUCAGUCACAAAAAUGUCCUGUGUUUAGACAUUGUGUAAUGCAGGAGCAUUCGGUUGCUAACACAAUAAAGAAUAUUCUCCAUUCCU